AUGGCCAGCACAGUUGAUUCCACCAGGGUGCGCGAGCACAGCGAAGAGAACGAGCCUCUUUUUGAGGAGAAGCUUGAUCGUCUGGCCAAAAUGGUAAGGCGGAGCCGGUACACCGUGUUCUUCACCGGCGCAGGAGUGUCGACCUCGGCCGGCGUGGGCGACUACCGAGGUCCCGAAGGCGCCUGGACUCGCCGCAAGAUCAAGCAGCUCGAGGCCCUCGGCCCGCUACGUUCGGUCGAGGACGAGAGCGAGCUGCGCAAGCUCAAGGAGGAGGCCGCGCGUGCAGAGAAGAAGGCCAAGGCGCGGGUGGACAUGUGCGACGCCCAGCCGACGCCCUCGCACAUGGCCAUGGCCACACUCCUGCGCCUCGGCCUCGCGCACUACGUCAUCACCACCAACCUCGACGGCAUAUUCAGGAAGGCGGGGCUGCAGGCCCACGAACAGCUGUGUUGCCUGCACGGCGACAUCUACGUCGAGCGGUGCACCAGCUGCGACUACGACUUUGAGCGCAACUACCAUGUGCGCCAGCCCGAGGUGCACGUGCACGACCACAAGGUCGGCACCUGCGCCCGGUGCGGCAGCGCGCCGCCGGCGCACUACACCGGCACGCCGGGCAACCUCAAGAUGCAGAACGGCCGCUGGGGCGGACGCAUGGUGGGCACCCGCGACCGCAACUGCGGCACCAAGGACACCCACAUCAACUUUGGCGAGCUGCUCGACGAGGUGGACUGGACCGAGGCCGACACCCACUGCCGCCGGGCCGACCUGUGCAUCAUCGCCGGCACGUCCAUGUCCCUGCGCCACAUCACCCACUUCCCCUUCCUGGCGCGUCGGGUCGUGUUGGUCAACCUCCAGCCCACGCCCGACGACCACAAGGUCGCCCUGCGCCUGUGGGCCAAGUGCGACCCCGUGUUCGAGGGACUGAUGGCGCGCCUGGGCCUCGCCAUCGACCCUAUCCCGCCCUGGCGGCCCCGCGACGCCCUGCCACUCGACCGGCUCCCGGCCUACGUGCACCCCUACUACAAGAUGAAGGCACAGCUGCUCGAACAGAUGGCCCUGCUGCGUGAAGCCGAGGCAGAGGACAGAAGAAGGGAGCAGGAGCAGCAGCAGCAAGAAGAAGAAGGUGAAAAGGAGGUGGUCGGACGCGGGUAUCAGCCGAUGAGGUGA